AUGGAAGCCAGUGCUGGACUUGUAGCUGGCUCUCACAACCGGAACGAGCUUGUCGUCAUUCAUGGCCACGAAGAGCCUAAACCUUUGAAGAACUUGGAUGGCCAAGUUUGCGAGAUAUGUGGUGAUGAGAUUGGCCUAACUGUGGAUGGUGAUUUGUUUGUGGCUUGUAAUGAGUGUGGUUUUCCUGUGUGUAGACCAUGCUAUGAGUAUGAAAGAAGAGAAGGGACUCAAAACUGUCCUCAGUGCAGAACUAGAUACAAGCGUCUCAAAGGGAGUCCAAGGGUUGAGGGAGAUGAUGAUGAGGAUGAUUUGGAUGAUAUUGAACAUGAGUUCAUCAUUGAAGAUGAACAAGACAAGAAUAAGCAUAUCACUGAGGCUAUGCUUCAUGGGAAGAUGACUUAUGGGAGAGGCCAUGAUGAUGAAGAAAAUAGCCAAUUCCCACCAGUUAUAACGGGCAUUAGAUCAAGACCUGUGAGUGGAGAAUUUCCUAUUGGAUCUCAUGGAGAGCAGAUGCUAUCUUCUUCACUUCACAAGAGAGUGCACCCAUAUCCAGUUUCUGAACCUGGAAGCGCAAGAUGGGAUGAAAAGAAAGAGGGAGGGUGGAAAGAGAGGAUGGAUGAUUGGAAAAUGCAGCAAGGAAACCUAGGCCUCGAACAAGAUGACGAUGCAGAAGCAGCCAUGUUAGAUGAGGCAAGACAGCCACUCUCCAGGAAAGUACCAAUUGCAUCCAGCAAGAUCAAUCCAUAUAGAAUGGUUAUUGUUGCUAGGCUGAUCAUACUGGCCUUCUUUCUUCGCUAUCGAAUUAUGCAUCCAGUGCAUGAUGCAAUUGGGCUCUGGCUGACGUCUAUAGUCUGCGAAAUCUGGUUUGCAAUUUCAUGGAUCCUCGAUCAGUUCCCGAAGUGGUUGCCAAUUGAUCGUGAGACUUAUCUGGAUCGCCUUUCUCUCAGGUAUGAACGGGAAGGCGAGCCAAACAUGCUUGCUCCGGUGGAUAUCUUUGUCAGUACUGUGGAUCCUAUGAAAGAACCCCCUAUUGUUACGGGAAACACAAUUUUAUCAAUCUUGGCUAUGGACUACCCAGUUGAAAAAAUCUCAUGCUACCUCUCUGAUGAUGGUGCUUCCAUGUGCACCUUCGAAGCCAUGUCUGAAACAGCUGAAUUUGCUCGAAAAUGGGUGCCAUUCUGCAAGAAAUAUAGCAUAGAACCUCGAGCCCCAGAGUUUUACUUCGCUCUAAAGGUUGAUUAUCUAAAGGACAAAGUUCAGCCUACCUUUGUCAAGGAACGUCGAGCCAUGAAGAGAGAAUAUGAAGAAUUCAAGGUUAGGAUAAAUGCAAUCGUAGCAAAAGCACAGAAGGUUCCUACAGAGGGGUGGAUUAUGCAAGAUGGGACACCAUGGCCUGGAAACAAUACCAGGGAUCACCCUGGUAUGAUUCAAGUAUUCCUUGGUCACAGUGGAGGGCAUGACGUUGAAGGAAAUGAGCUCCCUCGCCUUGUAUACGUGUCUCGAGAGAAGAGGCCUGGUUUUUCACAUCAUAAGAAAGCCGGUGCCAUGAAUGCCCUGAUUCGGGUCUCUGCAGUACUUACCAAUGCUCCUUUCAUGCUGAACUUGGAUUGUGACCAUUAUAUCAACAAUAGCAAGGCCGUCCGUGAGGCUAUGUGUUUCUUGAUGGACCCCCAGAUUGGAAAGAAAAUCUGUUACGUACAAUUUCCUCAAAGAUUCGAUGGCAUUGAUAGACAUGAUCGUUACGCCAACAGGAAUACUGUUUUCUUUGAUAUUAAUAUGAAAGGUCUAGAUGGAAUUCAGGGUCCGGUGUAUGUCGGCACAGGAUGUGUUUUCAAAAGGCAAGCUCUGUACGGCUAUGACCCUCCAAAAGGUCCCAAGCGCCCAAAGAUGGUGACCUGUGACUGCUGCCCUUGUUUUGGACGUCGCAAAAAGAAGAAUGCUAAGAAUGGUGCAGUUGGAGAAGGCACAAGCCUGCAAGGAAUGGACAACGACAAGGAGUUAUUGAUGUCCCAAAUGAAUUUUGAAAAGAAGUUUGGACAGUCAGCAAUUUUUGUGACUUCAACUUUAAUGGAAGAAGGUGGCAUACCUCCCUCCUCGAGUCCAGCAGCUCUGCUAAAAGAAGCCAUCCACGUGAUCAGUUGUGGGUAUGAAGACAAAACUGAAUGGGGACUCGAGCUGGGCUGGAUUUACGGUUCAAUCACAGAGGAUAUUCUGACAGGUUUUAAGAUGCAUUGCCGUGGCUGGAGGUCUAUUUACUGUAUGCCAAAGUUGGCCGCAUUUAAGGGUUCAGCUCCCAUCAAUCUAUCAGAUCGGCUCAACCAAGUGCUCCGAUGGGCUCUAGGUUCUGUUGAGAUUUUCUUCAGUCGUCACAGCCCGAUGUGGUAUGGCUACAAGGAAGGAAAGCUCAAGUGGCUCGAGAGGUUUGCAUAUGUGAACACAACAAUCUACCCCUUCACCUCCUUAGCACUUGUUGCCUACUGUUGCCUCCCCGCCAUCUGCCUGCUGACUGAUAAAUUCAUCAUGCCAGAGAUAAGCACCUUUGCAAGUCUUUUCUUCAUUGGCUUGUUUUUGUCAAUCUUUUCAACGGGUAUUCUUGAGUUAAGAUGGAGCGGAGUAAGCAUUGAGGAAUGGUGGAGAAAUGAGCAAUUCUGGGUUAUAGGUGGUGUAUCAGCUCAUCUCUUUGCUGUUGUCCAAGGUCUUCUGAAAGUUUUAGCUGGUAUCGACACAAACUUCACUGUCACAUCCAAGGCAUCAGACGAUGAUGAUUUUGGAGAACUAUACGCCUUCAAAUGGACAACCCUGCUUAUCCCUCCAACCACUAUCUUAAUCAUCAACCUUGUUGGAGUUGUUGCUGGAGUCUCAGAUGCCAUAAACAAUGGGUACCAGUCAUGGGGACCUCUAUUCGGGAAGCUCUUCUUUGCCUUCUGGGUGAUUGUCCAUCUCUACCCAUUCCUCAAAGGUCUAAUGGGGAGACAAAACAGGACACCGACUAUUGUUGUUAUAUGGUCAGUGCUCUUGGCUUCCAUCUUCUCCUUGCUUUGGGUCCGAAUCGAUCCAUUUGUGAUGAAAACCAAGGGACCUGACACCAAGCUAUGUGGAAUCAACUGUUAA